AUGGGCUCCAAAUGGUACUGUUUCCUUUUUUGGUUUUGCUAUCGAUUCACAUUAGCAUGUUUGGCGCAUUUUAACUGGUGUUUGUCGAUAUACACCAAUUGCGCCUAUUUUACAAUGUGGAAAAGUUAUGACCUUCUCUGGUUCUGGAUGCAUUUAAUUCUUUGCAGUUGCUUUCCACAACUUCGACCGGAAAACUAUUUGAUAGUGUGGACGAAUCUUAUCAUCAAAAAAUGCACAAGGUAUCCAGAUUACACAUUCAAGCAACUCUAUUAUGCGUUGUAUACUACAAGUCGGUCAGCCCAUUUCACUAAAAGGUUGAUGUCAAGAAAAGAGAAAAAAGGAGUAAUAGAGCUUGAUUCGGAUAGCGAUGAAGAGGAAGCAAAGAAUGAGCCGGAGAUUGCGCGCAGGGGAAACUCUCGAAAAGAUUUGGAAAGAUCAGAAAUUCAAAUGAGGAAAGUUGAAGCAAUUCCAGAAAUUGAAGAGCGCGAAACAGUUGUGAAAUUUGAAGAACCGGAAGAUCAAGACGACGACGAAGAAGCAAAUGAGAACACCCCAUUGAGACCACCACGACGGCCAAAAACCAAAACUGCUGAGCAGGAGGACGACGAAACCAUUGAAAUCGUCGUAGAAGAUCAAGAUAAAGAGUCUCCAACUACAAGCGAUUCAAAAUGGAAAAGUUUCAUUCCAAAUCAAGUCAUAAAAUUCUUACCAAGACAAAUAAGCAGCACACCAUCUAUUGGCUCGAAGAUUUCUGAAGGCGCAAAUUCGACAUUCAGCAAAGUGACCAGUCUCUUCAAAAAUCGUCGAAACUCGACGGAGAGCGAACCAGGAAAUGAAAUCGAAGUGCUUCGCCCCGAUUACUCGAACAAAUAUGACAUCCAUGACGAGAGCAAACGAUUGGCUCGUGAAAAACGUGAUCGAAAAGCGUUGAGAGCCAGGAUUCGCUAUGAGCUUCGUAUGCAGCUCAAAUUGGAUGCAGCCAAUGAGAGAAAAAGAAAGAAGGUCACAGACGCAAUUGAGCUUCUCCUUCAGCUUCUCCGUAUGAUGGCUUCCUUUGCAAUGCUAAUUGGCACAAUUCGCAAAACAUUCAUCCCCGCACAAUUUAAAUAUCUUCGUCCAGGACAACAUGCGUACGACAAUUACGAGCUUAUCAUUCUGUUCAGAUGUACCGCAUUUCUUGAUAUUGCAAUGUUUUGGAUGAACGUCUCCUAUGCUUACUGCCUUCAGUGGCAACUUUGCUGCCGAUUAGGAUGCAUUCGCUUUUUGAUGUGGGCGACGAUUCUCGGAAUUCUCUCCGUUGGAGUUAUGCUUGUUCCAAUGACAUAUGCGAUGGACGAGCUCGAUCUGAGUUGGUGCCGAUUCCGCCCAAACACAACUCUCGCCCAAUACCAGCCGUCCUGGUAG